AUGCAGCUUAGUCACCCGUGGUCAGGGCGAGGACCGCUGCAGGUGCCCAUUAUGGACAGCUUGCCUUGCGGGGGUGCCGUGCCUGAGGCCAAGCCAGUGCCCACGGACGGCCACGGCCGCCUCUUGCUGGGGCACAUAGUUCUGCAGAGAAAAAAAAAAAAACCACCUGGCCCAGGACCAGAUGUGAAGGUCAAGAACCUUCUGGACCCUCUGCUGGAGAUGCAGAAGCAUUUGGGGAAGAAGAGGCGGCACAGUGGUGACAACGGCGGCCACAGCAAAAAGGAAAAGGCGGGGUCCGAGAAACAGCGGCCCCAAGAAUCUCCGUCCCUGGACCAGCUUCGAGCUGAACGUCUUCGGAGGGAAGCCGCUGAGAGGGCACGGGCAGAGGCCCUCCUGGCUCGGGUCCGGGGCGGGGCACCCCAGGAGCAGCAGCCAGAAGAAGAGGCAGAAGAUCGGCGGAGGGGGUACAACUCUCAGUUCAACCCCCAGCUAGCUCGGCGACCCCGCUGGCAGGACCCCCCUCUCGCUCACUGACUCCUGAGGGGUACAGGAGAGUCUGCUGCCGCCAGCCGUCAUAUAAAACUAUUUAUUCAUAAAUAUUUUCCAAAAUGAAAAAAAA